AUGGCCAACUCUGCAACUGUCCCCAUCGACCAGGAAGACGUCCCUUCGAAACGCGAGUCGCAUUUCAACAACCAGCGCUCGUCGCUGCGUUCGUCUACCAUUUCCGAAGAGUCAGCGCACCGCCCACAACCACGGUCCCGAACACGCAGCGACCUGCGCCGCCUGCACGACUUCAACCUCGAUCUGGAAAAAGUCACUUCGGAGCGUGCGGAUAGCGAACCAGUACCUGACUCCCCGACCUCGACCGCUUCGCCCGCGCCCAAUGUGCCAUAUACCUCGCGCCAACGCGAUUCAUCAUAUAGCAGCGUGAAGCGACGGGAACGACACUCAGGAAAGCACAAUUCGCUCAGCACAGUAUCCUCGCGAGCUGGAGGUGGACAGGUGAAAUCAGGCGAAGACCUUUUAGCCCCAGAGUCCUGGCUGCACCUCUACAACGAAAACGCACAGUCGCCCAACCUCCCACAGCCUUUGCGAACACCCAGGACGCGGGGCCAGAGCAGGCAUUCAAAUCCAGAGUAUGGGAGCAGACCUGCGUCACAAACACGGCAGCAGCAGCAGCGAUCGAGAAGACCCUCUUUCCCACUCGGACGAGCAGCAACAGGCUCCCAACUAGACAUUACCGCCUUACCCAAGUACUACCUACGUUCCAAGCGCACCCCCAGCGCGCAAAAAGCAUCGAGAUUAGCUACAGAACUCUACACGGUCUCCUACUUGAUCUUCUUCUCAAUAUGGGGUACGCUAGCUCGUCUGGGUCUACAAGCCCUGACCUUCUACCCCGGUGCACCAGUCAUCUUUUCAGAACUCUGGGCCAACGUGGCGGGAACCUUCAUCAUGGGCUUCCUAUCCGAAGACCGGCGUUUGUUCGCCGCAGAAUGGGGUCAGCAUCAACACGGCGAUAGCAGACAAGGAGAAAAACUGCCAGAGCCAUCCGACUACCCCGCCGACCACACGCGCGACAAACCCCGGCAUGGCAAAGUCAAGAAAACAAUACCCAUGUACAUUGGCCUUGCAACAGGCUUCUGCGGCUCUUUCACCAGCUUCUCGUCUUUCAUCCGCGACAUCUUCCUCUCGCUAUCAAACGACUUGAAGAGUCCGAUUAAUCAUCCUUAUCCCCCGAAUACAGCCAUCCCCUCUGCAACUACGACUGUAUCGCGGAAUGGCGGAUACAGCGUCAUGGCCAUACUCGCCACCAUCAUCAUAACAAUCUCAACGUGCUACUGUGCGCUCCACAUGGGAGCUCACCUCGCGCUGGCCCUGGACCGGGUAACGCCUACCCUGCCCUUCCGGCUCACACGCCGCGUCGUGGAUCCGCUCUUCGUGGUGCUGGGCUGGGGCACAUGGUUCGGCGCCAUCAUCAUGGUGUGCUUACCGCCGCACUCAGCAUGGCGCUCCCAGGCCCUGUUCGCCCUCGUCUUUGCGCCCGCGGGAUGCCUGCUCCGUUAUUAUGUCUCCUUGGUGCUGAAUCCUAUUAACUCGUCGUUCCCGCUCGGUACUUUUACCGUUAAUGUCUUUGGUACGGCGGUCUUGGGUAUGGCGUACGAUCUUCAGCACGUUCCGUUGGCUAGUACUGGGCGUGUGGGUGCGAGUGUGGUUGGGUGUAGUGUGUUGCAGGGGGUCAUGGAUGGGUUCUGUGGUUGUCUUACGACGGUGUCUACUUGGAUCGUGGAGAUUGAUACUUUGAAGAGAAGAGCUGCUUAUUUGUAUGGGGUCGCGAGUGUGGGCGCAGGGUUGGGGUUGUUGGUGAUUAUCAUGGGGAGUGUGAGGUGGACGGUGGGUUGGCAGGAGAUUCUUUGCGUGACGUGA